GGAGGAGGGGAAUCUCCCGCCAUUUUUCAAUAAUUUCCUCCGGUGCAGCUGAGGACGAGUCGUGACUGCCGAACGCGGGGACCCGUAGCAAAGGUUGGCCGGAGGCUUCGGGGCGGCGCGGCAGUGUGCGUGGGAGUUCUGUACCCUUGCGUCCCUUUCCAUGGCCUUAGCGCGGCGGUGCCAGCAGUGAAGGAGCCGAGUUCGCGCCGCCCUCUCACCCCUCCCCUCCCCCACCCCACCCCCGGGAGCCAGGCGCUCGCUCCGGGCCGCGGGGCCUAGUGUUGCGCCGCAGGCUCGCCGAGGAGCAGCCGCCUUCCCCGCCGCUGCCGCCGCCGCCGCGAUGGCGCCGCUCCUGGGCCGCAAGCCCUUCCCGCUGGUGAAGCCGCUUCCCGGCGAGGAGCCGCUCUUCACCAUCGCGCACACUCAGGAGGCCUUCCGCACCCGGGAAGAGUAUGAAGCCCGCUUGGAAAGAUACAGUGAGCGCAUUUGGACGUGUAAGAGUACCGGAAGCAGUCAGCUAACACACAAAGAGGCCUGGGAGGAGGAACAGGAAGUUGCUGAACUUUUGAAGGAGGAGUUCCCUGCCUGGUAUGAGAAACUUGUUCUGGAAAUGGUUCACCACAACACAGCCUCCUUAGAGAAGUUAGUAGAUACUGCUUGGUUGGAGAUCAUGACCAAAUAUGCUGUGGGAGAAGAGUGUGAUUUUGAGGUUGGGAAGGAAAAAAUGCUAAAGGUGAGGAUUGUGAAGAUUCAUCCUUUGGAGAAAGUGGAUGAAGAGGCCACUGAGAAGAAAUCUGAUGGUGCCUGUGAUUCUCCCUCAAGUGACAAAGAGAAUUCUAGCCAAAUCGCUCAGGACCAUCAGAAGGAGGCAAUUGUGAAAGAGGAUGAAGGAAGGAGAGAGAGUAUUAAUGACAGAGCACGUAGAUCUCCACGAAAACUUCCUACUUCAUUAAAGAAAGGAGAGAGGAAAUGGGCACCUCCAAAAUUUCUGCCUCACAAAUAUGAUGUGAAACUACAAAAUGAAGAUAAGAUCAUCAGUAAUGUGCCAGCAGACAGCUUGAUUCGUACAGAACGCCCACCAAAUAAGGAGAUACUUCGAUACUUUAUACGGCAUAACGCAUUACGGGCUGGUACUGGUGAAAAUGCACCUUGGGUGGUAGAAGAUGAAUUAGUGAAGAAGUAUUCCCUGCCUAGCAAGUUCAGUGACUUUCUACUUGAUCCAUACAAGUACAUGACUCUCAACCCCUCUACUAAGAGGAAGAAUACUGGAUCUCCAGACAGGAAGCCCUCAAAGAAAUCCAAGACAGACAACUCUUCUCUCAGUUCACCACUAAAUCCUAAGUUAUGGUGUCAUGUACACUUGAAGAAAUCCUUGAAUGGCUCACCACUCAAAGUGAAGAACUCAAAGAAUUCCAAAUCUCCAGAAGAGCAUCUGGAAGAAGUGAUGAAGAUGAUGUCGCCCAACAAGCUACAUGCUAACUUUCACAUUCCUAAGAAAGGCCCACCUGGCAAGAAAUCAGGGAAGCAUAGUGACAAACCUUUGAAAGCAAAGGGCAGAAGCAAAGGCAUCCUGAAUGGACAGAAAUCCACAGGGAAUUCCAAAUCUCCCAAAAAGGGCUUGAAGACUCCUAAAACCAAAAUGAAGCAGAUGACUUUGUUGGACAUGGCCAAAGGCACUCAGAAGGUGACACGAGCCCCGAGGAAUUCUGGGGGCACACCUAGGUCCUCUAGUAAACCUCAUAAACAUCUGCCUCCUGCUGCCCUCCACCUUAUCGCCUACUACAAAGAAAACAAAGACAGGGAGGACAAGAAGAGCGCCCUGUCCUGUGUUAUCUCCAAAACAGCUCGUCUCCUCUCUAGUGAGGAUAGAGCUCGUCUCCCAGAAGAAUUGCGAAGUAUUGUUCAAAAACGCUUUGAGCUUCUAGAGCACAAAAAGAGAUGGGCUUCUAUGUCUGAAGAGCAGCGCAAAGAAUAUUUGAAAAAGAAACGAGAGGAGCUGAAAGAAAAGUUGAAGGAGAAAGCCAAGGAACGGAGAGAGAAAGAAAUGCUCGAGAAACUAGAGAAACAGAAGCGGUACGAGGACCAAGAGUUAACUGGCAAAAACCUUCCAACAUUUAAAUUGGUGGAUACCCCUGAAGGGCUGCCCAAUACACUCUUUGGGGAUGUGGCCAUGGUGGUGGAGUUUUUGAGCUGUUAUUCUGGGUUACUCUUACCAGAUGCUCAGUAUCCUAUUACUGCUGUGUCCCUUAUGGAAGCCUUGAGUGCAGAAAAGGGUGGCUUUUUAUACCUGAAUAGAGUGUUGGUCAUCCUCUUACAGACCUUGUUACAAGAUGAAAUAGCAGAAGACUAUGGUGAAUUGGGAAUGAAGCUGUCAGAAAUCCCUCUGACUUUGCAUUCUGUUUCAGAGCUGGUUCGGCUCUGCUUGCGCAAAUCUGACAUUCAGGAAGAAAGUGAGGGCUCAGACACGGAUGACAACAAAGAUUCAGCACCAUUUGAGGACAAUGAGGUACAAGAUGAGUUCCUAGAAAAGCUGGAGACCUCUGAAUUUUUUGAGCUAACAUCAGAAGAGAAACUGCAGAUCUUGACAGCACUCUGCCACCGGAUUCUCAUGACAUACUCAGUGCAGGACCACAUGGAAACCAGGCAACAGAUGUCUGCAGAGUUAUGGAAGGAACGGCUUGCUGUACUGAAGGAAGAAAAUGAUAAGAAGAGAGCAGAGAAACAGAAACGGAAAGAAAUGGAAGCCAGAAAUAAAGAAAAUGGAAAAGAGGAGAAUGGGUUAGGCAAAGCUGAUAGGAAAAAAGAAGUCGUGAAGUUUGAGCCCCAGGUAGAUAUGGAAGCUGAAGACAUGAUCAGUGCCGUGAAGAGCAGACGGCUGCUUGCCAUUCAGGCUAAGAAGGAGCGGGAAAUUCAGGAGAGAGAAAUGAAAGUGAAACUAGAACGUGAAGCUGAAGAAGAACGAAUACGAAAGCACAAAGCAGCUGCUGAGAAGGCUUUCCAGGAAGGAAUUGCCAAGGCAAAACUAGUCAUGCGUAGGACUCCAAUUGGUACAGAUCGAAACCAUAAUAGAUACUGGCUCUUCUCAGAUGAAGUUCCAGGUUUGUUCAUUGAGAAAGGCUGGGUACAUGACAGCAUUGACUACCGAUUCAACCAUCACCGAAAAGACCGUGCAGACUCUGCUGAUGAGGAUUACUGUCCCCGUAGUAAGAAAGCAAACCUAGGCAAAAAUGUAAGCAUGAGCACACAACAUGGACCAGCUACGGAAAUUGCUGUAGAGACCACUAUACCCAAACAGGGACAGAAUCUAUGGUUUUUAUGUGAUAGUCAAAAGGAACUGGAUGAGUUGCUAAACUGCCUUCACCCUCAGGGAAUAAGAGAAAGUCAGCUUAAAGAGAGACUAGAGAAGAGGUACCAGGACAUUAUUCAUUCUAUUCAUCUGGCCCGGAAGCCAAAUUUGGGUCUAAAAUCCUGUGAUGGCAACCAGGAGCUUUUAAACUUCCUUCGUAGUGAUCUCAUUGAAGUUGCAACAAGGUUACAAAAGGGAGGACUUGGUUAUGUGGAAGAAACCUCAGAAUUUGAAGCUCGGGUGAUCUCACUAGAGAAACUGAAGGAUUUUGGCGAGUGUGUGAUUGCCCUUCAAGCCAGUGUCAUAAAGAAAUUUCUCCAAGGCUUCAUGGCUCCCAAGCAAAAGAGAAGAAAACUCCAAAGCGAAGAUUCAGCAAAGACUGAAGAGGUGGAUGAAGAGAAAAAAAUGGCAGAGGAAGCAAAGGUCGCAUCUGCUCUGGAAAAAUGGAAGACAGCAAUCCGUGAAGCUCAGACUUUUUCCAGAAUGCAUGUUCUACUUGGGAUGCUUGAUGCCUGUAUCAAAUGGGAUAUGUCGGCAGAAAAUGCUAGAUGCAAAGUUUGUCGAAAGAAAGGUGAGGAUGACAAGCUGAUCUUGUGUGACGAGUGUAAUAAAGCCUUCCACCUGUUUUGUCUGAGGCCGGCCCUCUAUGAAGUACCAGAUGGUGAAUGGCAGUGCCCAGCCUGCCAGCCUGCCACUGCCAGGCGCAACUCCCGUGGCAGGAAUUAUACGGAGGAGUCUGCCUCUGAGGACAGCGAAGAUGAUGAGAGCAAUGAAGAGGAAGAAGAGGAGGAGGAGGAGGGGGAGGAAGAUUAUGAGGUGGCUGGUUUGCGACUGAGACCUCGAAAGACUGUCCGGGGCAAGCAGGGUGUCAUCCCCACUGCAGCAAGGCCAGGCCGACGACCAGGUAAGAAGCCGCAUCCUACCAGGAGGUCUCGGCCGAAGGCACCACCUGUAGACGAGGCUGAGGUUGAUGAGCUGGUACUUCAGACCAAGCGGAGCUCCCGGAGGCAAAGCCUGGAAUUGCAGAAGUGUGAAGAGAUCCUCCACAAGAUCGUGAAGUACCGCUUCAGUUGGCCCUUCAGGGAGCCCGUGACCAGAGACGAGGCUGAGGACUACUAUGACGUGAUCACCCACCCUAUGGACUUCCAGACAAUGCAGAACAAAUGUUCCUGUGGGAGCUACCGCUCUGUGCAGGAGUUUCUUACUGACAUGAAGCAAGUGUUUACCAACGCUGAGCUUUACAACUGCCGAGGCAGCCAUGUUCUAAACUGCAUGGUGAAGACAGAACAGUGUCUGAUGGCUCUGUUGCAUAAACAUCUUCCUGGCCACCCGUAUGUCCGUAGGAAACGUAAGAAGUUUCCCGACCGGCUUGCUGAAGAUGAAGGGGACAGUGAGCCAGAGCCCGUUGGACAGUCCAGGGGACGAAGACAGAAGAAGUAGAGAGGCAGGGGCCCUGGUGACGGUAUCAGUGAGUGCCAUACAGAAUUCUGUGUUCACCAGCAUCAUGAAACAGUUGUGGUCUGUUGAGUUGAUCUUGGCAGAGUAAAGGGAUAUGUCCUGUAGCCAUUCCUGAGUACCCCUCCCCUUCCUUGUGACAGCUCUCUCCCCGCUCCCACCCCACCUCGCCCCCUGAAAAAAACCCUAAGGCACUUCACUCAGAGACUGGAGCCCUGCUUGUAACCAUGCAUAUAACCUUUACUCUGAUGGGUCUGGCCAGAGGGGUGUUGGAGCCCAGCCCACCCACAUACCAGACAAGCUCUUAGGGGAGCAGAAGAAAAGCAGGAAGAAUUUAAAUGUUUAAUUUUUUUUAAAUUGACUUUUCUAGUUAUUAAAAGUUGCUUGUUUCAGCAGUGAUAUUGUAUAAAGAACAUCUUGUAAAAAUAUUUCUGUCAUCUUGCUUUGGCACAUGUACAGUACAGUUUAUAUGAUAACGUGUUUGCUUUACUUUGCCCAGUCUCCUCCCUUGGCCCAUCGUCUCUCCUUUAGAGAAGUUGGGUUGGGGCUCAUCAGUGCCAGCAGUGGGGACCUGGUCAUGGACGCCGUCCCUCUGCCUGCCCUGGUGACUGCUUCCGCCGCCUCUGUGUGCAGUGCCCCUGCUGUGCUGUUCUGGCCUCAGACUCAGGCUCCCCGAGAACCUGAAUCUCUCAGUGCUCAGUGCCGGGGUGGGGGGGUGGAGGGCAGGAGGAGGGGCUCAGCGGCCCCUUCCCACAGUGAGUCUAGCACUAGUAGUUAUGUUUAGGCAGAACUUUGUAGUCUUCUUUCCCUUUUAUGGCAGAUUUUGAUAAAAACGCAAAACAGGGUUUAAUUUUCUUUUCUGUCUGCUUUGAAUUUGGAAAAAUGGGAGCACCUAAGCUCUUCUGUACCUAUUUAAAGUAAGGGAAAAGAAGUCCACCAAGGGGAUUGCAGCUCACAGAACCUGAGAAUAAAGCCUCUUAAAGUGAAACUUCAAGGUGUGGUCCUGUCCCCUGGCCUCCUGGCCUCCUUGCCUCCUUGCCUCCUUGGGGUUUGCUCCAGGGGCUGCUGGAUAGGUUUACCAUCUUGGCUCCCCCAGGCUUGGAGUUAGCACUGAAGUUACAAUUUCACAAUCCCAGCCGCCGACACCUGCCCUGCCUCUUACCCUAGAGCCAGUCUGUUCUUGUUAACAGUGAGAAUUCCGUGUUCCCACUUCAGUGACCCCUGAGUUUUGUUGUUUUUUAAGUUGUCUUUAAGGAGGAAGGGCCCCAUUAAAGGGUAAACUUGUAAUAAAUUGGAAUUUCAAAUAAACAUCAUGUACUUGUG